AGUUGGCCAGCAUGGCCCAUCCCCUUCUUGCUGACGUCUGGCUCCAUCAAACAUCAGACUUUCCCCAGCGGAGCUGGAGAAUGAGCUUCAAUGAAAGCUGCCGGCUUGCAGCCUUAAAGGGACUGCAGACACAGGCACCGCUAUUUGCUCAGCUUCUGCUUGCUUCCCCAGGAGCACCGAGCCAGAAAUCCCAGCAGGAAGGCUGGAGAGGUUGUCUGAUCAUCUAGCAAGACACGAGAGAUCCACUGGUUUCUUUGGGAUCACUUUUCUCUAUCCACUGCUAGAGGGGAUCUAUUGCUUCUUUCCAAAGAGGCAGAGAUCAGGCUGAAUUCUGCGAGGAGGAUGAAGGAGGAUCAUGCUGGCUGAGUAAAGUUGUGGCUUCCCGGUCUGAGACAAUGGUCGUGUCUGUCCCAGUGAUUGCUCUGGGGGCUGCCUUGGGGGCUGCCACCAGCCUCCUCGCCUUAUGCGGUCUCACCUGCUUAUGCAAGUGUAAGCGAGCGGGGAAAGGAUCCUCAGACAAGGGACAAGACGCGGACCCCGAGAAUGCCCAGCCCAGUGUGCUUCAGACAGUCCAGCAGUUUAAUGUUGAGAAGACAGCUGAACCUGUACAGCCCAGGACAAUCCUAAAGUUUCCCCAUAUCUAUGGGCCAAAGCCUGUAGUGACCUCCUCGGAAAUUGUUAACUAUGCAGACUACACCUUAAAGUCAACGAAAGAGCCAAGGAAAGGAAAACUUGGCGCUCUGGAUGAGAAAAGGAUGAACAUACAAGUCAAUGAAGAGUUAUUUCUUCUCCCUCAAAAUGGUGGAGUAAAGGAUGUGUGCGUCACUGAGCGUCUGAGUCCUGAGAUCGCUGCUGGCUGCAACCAGGUCCCAGAACUUUGCUAUUCUCUUGGCUACAACCGGCAGAAAGAUGUGUUGUGUGUUGCUUUUCUCGAAGUUAUAUAUGGAAGCACAGCUGGAGACCAAAACAACGGCCAUGAUUGCUACAUCUUAGGCACUUUGGUGAGCAAGUCUGGCACUACCGAAGCCCAGACUAUGUUGAAGAAGCAGCAGCCCCAUGUAGUCUGGAAGGAAGCUCUGCUGCUUCCAGUCAAGGAAGAGGAGCUACCAGAGGCGAUGCUAACGCUCACCUUGAGGAACUGUGACAAGUUCUCCCGGCACAGCAUUGUUGGGGAAAUUAAGCCAAGUCUGGCUAAUGUGGGGGAACCGUAUGGAUCAGUGCAGUGUGAGAAGAUGAAAACCCUUGACAAGGACCCUGAUGCAGGUUAUGGAGAAGUUCUCCUUUCCAUCAGCUAUCUGCCUGCAGCAAACCGUCUGCUCGUGGUGCUCAUAAAAGCCAAGAACCUCCAUUCCAAACAGCUGAAAGAGCUUCUUGGGAAAGAUAUAUCUGUCAAAGUGACUCUGAAGCAUCAGUCCCUGAAAUUGAAAAAGAAGCAGACAAAGCGAGCAAAACACAAGAUCAACCCAGUGUGGAAUGAGAUGAUUAUGUUCGAGGUGCCCCAUGAUCUGCUCUGUGCCUCCAGCGUGGAGCUGGAGAUGCUAAGCCAGGAUGGUGAUGGGCAGAACCACUUACUAGGCCAGUGCAGCCUUGGCCUGCAUGCCACUGGCACAGAGCGGAGCCACUGGGAGGAGAUGAUGAGGAACCCCAGGAAGCAGAUUGCCAUGUGGCACCAACUUCACAUGUAGCUACAGAGGUAGACGCUGGAACGGAAUAGAUCGGUUUCAACAUCUGGAAAAGAACAUGAAUCGGAUCCAUUCACAUGCUCAAGCACAACUCUUGUUUUAUUGAUAUUGUCUUUCAUUGUUUCCUACUACAUGAACAUUCUAGAAAUGGGCCAAGCAAAGUGGCAAAUGGUUCAUUGAUUCAUGGUAAUGGUUGAUUUGCAGGACUAUUUUCUCCCCUUCUAGUUUAGGCCCUUGCACCAGGCAUUCAUUUCAUUCAUGCAUUC